AUGGGACAAAAAUCAGGUAAAAAACAAAAAGAUUUUACUCAACUGUUAGAUGAAGACAUUAAUCGAUUAACAAAAAAUACAUCAUAUUCAAGAGAACAGAUUCAGGAAUGGCAUCAAGGAUUUCUUCAUGAUUGUCCUUAUGGCAAAGUUGAUAAGAAAACAUUCAUAGACGUUUAUAAGAAAUUCUACCCCGAAGGCAAAGCCGCAAACUUUUGUACACAAGUUUUUAAAGCAUUUGAUUCUGAUGAUAAUGGUUUUAUUGAUUUUGUCGAGUUUAUUGUUGCUGUAAAUAUAACAUCUCACGGUGAUGCAAAAGAUAAACUUCAAUUAGCUUUCGAAAUGUAUGAUAUGGAUAAGAAUGGAAAGGUAAUUUCAAAAGAAUAUAAAACAAAUUAUCUCUCUAGAGAGAUUAAAACAAUUUUUCAUUAA